AUGACAAUUGAUGACUCUAUUAACCAGUUAUUUAUUGAAAUGAAUGGCAUUAAUUCAAUCAUUGAUGUUAUUAUUGAUGUUGUCUUAAAUGAAGUUCUUGAAAUUAAGACAAAACAAGAUGGUUUGUUUGCAUUACUUACUAACCCAUCUCUUUCUUUAGCAAGUUUGAUUCAUAGACAUUAUUCAAUAGCCGAAGAUGACUUUCAAGAAAUAUCCACAUUCAUUGAGUCAACCAAGAAAGAUUUUUCAUUAUUAUGCCAUUGUCCAGAAACAUUCUUCGACAGUUUUAUCAAAUUUCUUCCACACAACAUGAAACAUAGAUUACUUCAAUUUUCUUCAACUUCGUUGUUACCGUCAAUAAAAACUAAAAAGAUUCAAGAAAGAUAUAAAUUUGAUUAUCUUGCUCAACAAGUUAAAGAAAUCCAACAUGAUUGGAGAGAAGAAGUAACACAAAAACAUCUAAAUCCAAUACAACUAAGUAAGUUCAAUCAUUUAGCAACAGUCAUUUCAGUAGUAGACAUUGAAAACCUUCAGAAAUGGGUUGGUAAAAGUGAGUGUGAGUUAAUUUAUUCGGUUCAUCAAUUAGGUACUACUGCAAAUUUCAAUGACAAAAUCAGUGGAAAACAAAACAUUACAUUUCUUUUUAGUGUUUCAAAUGGGUUUGUUUUUGGAUGUCACUUUGGUCAAAUUCCAAAAACAGGUCAACAUCUUGUCCAUGCUAAAAAUGACCCAAAUCAUUUCAUUUGUACUCUUGGUGGAUGUCGUGGAAUAAAACCAAGAAGAUUUCAAAGAACCACUAAUACAAGUGCAUUAUGGCUGAUGUCUAACUUUGAGACUGAGAAAUUUGUUGAUAUAGACGCUGCUUUUUAUAUUAAACAUUAUGGAAAAUCUUUUGUAUAUCAAAAUAUUGAUGAGUUUUAUACUAUCAAAUCCUUAGACAUUGAUACGUUCACAGGUAAUCAUUAUCCUGCAACCUUUAGAGUAAAAUAUCUUUUUGUGUUGCAAUGGAAAUAG